UAGUGAAUAAUUUGCCAGGGGCUCAUGCUAAUGAUUGUUAACGUUAACCUUGUAUGUAAUUUAAUUUUUAUGUAACUAUGUUUAUAAAAAAGACUUAAAGUGACUUGUGUAUAAUAUUAGAUUGACUGUGGUGCAUUUCACGAGACAUACAAAAUACCUAAAAUAUUGAGCAAAAGAGGGAAAAAAAACAUGGUUUUGAUAGUUUGUCUGAUGUAUGGUUGUGGUUACAGACAACUACAAGGAGUUGAUGGGGAAAAAAAGAAGCCUUCCUCAAGGAUGAGGACAUCUGGCACAUGGCAGUUGCAAGGAGAAGGACCACACCAUGUACCACAACACGUGAUGGAAGCAAACCAAAGAAAAAAAGAAUUACUGCAACUUCCAGUCUCACUUCAGAUGAAGAUGAAACACAGAUUGACCCAUCACAAGUUUUUCAAACAAAUAAGCCGAAGAUGACAAAAGCUGCAAGAGACAGAGCCCUUUCCCAACUGAAAUCCUCGCUGCUGAGAAGAAAUCCAACAACCUCCACCUCCUUGACAAGUGAUGUUGAUACAGACAUAGACACCAAUGUGGACUUAUUUGACCCACCUCAGGCUUCAGAAUCAACUGACCUGGGCCAAGGGGAAAGUGAAGAGGAGAGUGUCCUGAUGGAUCAGUCCAGAUCCAGUGUUGACAUGCAACAGGACGUGAUGGAUGCUCUGAAAGAAAUUCCAGCCUUAGUCAAGUGUGUCAGAGAUCUUAUUACAACCAUGAAGAGAAUGCCACCUGUCAUGGACACUGACAGUACAAGUUCUGGUUCUUCCAGUCCAGCUCCAGAAAUGAUUUCCUUGGGCAACACGGGGGUGCAGAUCAGCAAAAACUGUUUCCUAAGACUAAACCGAACAAGAAUGUCCCUGUUCACACAGGACUUAGCUGUGCUCAUCUUUGGGCGGGAUGUUUUGGCAUCCUCGACUCUCACAGGAAAACCAGGGCCUACUGGAACAGCGAAAGAGCAGCUAAAUCCGGAAAAGCUGAGUGCCCUCGUUGAUACAGUUAUUGCUGAAUUUCCAGGAACAAAUGUGUCUGAUGUGAGGGCAGUGAUUCGGAGAAAAUGUAACAAUGAGAAUUUUGUGAGCAAAAAGAAACAGUAAGCAGUAACAUCAGUAACUGUUUGUAAUAGUUUUUGUUUGUUUGUUUUUUGGUGGACAUACAUUUUGAGUUUUAACAAACUGUGUCAAUGUUUCACAUGUAAAAGUUUCAAGAGUCAGUUUAAUGUUCAUCCCUGUCAUUACUAGCUUCUCUGCAGUGCACAGCUAGCAGGGUAGUGCUACACAGCUAUUGUUUCUUUUUAUUUUUUACUUUUAUUAUUGUUUUUUAGUUAAGUUGUUAAAACUAAAAAGAAUUCUCUGGGGUCAGAUGAUCCAAAUUUGAAUAAAAAUGUUACGAUGAAGAGAAACUGUUUGAAAAUGUUGUUUUAGAUGUUUUUAAAGAUGUACUUAA